CCGCGGCCUGGCCAGAUAAGUGGUAGUAGUUAGGUGUCUCCAACACAAUCACUAAUACGGCAGUUAGCUCGUUUUUCUAAAAGGAGAAGCGCUGAAAGUCUCACUUCCAAGAUGGUUCGAUCAACGCAAAUUGCCAGGAUUGAUGGCUUGAUGUUGGCGGCGUCGGUGGACGAUGAACAGUCAGAAGUGGAACUGUCGGAGAUCAAGUCUCAGGCCAAGAUGAUAUUCCGUCGCUUGAACCGCAACUCGGAGCCGCAGGCGAGCAUCGAAUCCGGCCAGUUCAAUUUACACUACAUCAUCCAAGACGAUAUCUGCUUUCUUUGCAUCUGCGAUCGCUCCUAUCCGCGCAAGCUUGCCUUCACUUAUCUCGCCGACCUUGCAACAGAAUUUACUACCACAUACUCACCUGCACAAUACCAAUCCCCCACCCUGCGACCGUACGCCUUUGUCGAAUUUGAUACUUUCAUUCAACGGACCAAGAAGCUUUAUCAGGACAGUCGCGCGUCGGCGAAUCUUGACCGCUUGAAUGACGAGCUUCGGGAUGUAACGAAGGUGAUGACCAAGAACAUCGAAGACCUGCUGUACCGUGGUGAUAGCUUGGAACGCAUGGGAGAACUGUCUGGUCGUCUUCGGGAAGACAGCAAGAAGUACAGAAAAGCGGCCGUCCGCAUCAACUGGGAGCUGCUGAUCAAGCAGUACGGACCAUUUGCGGGUGUCGGUUUCAUCUUCCUUUUCAUGAUCUGGUGGCGCUUCUUCUAACCCUGCACUUGGCAGCAACAAAUCUGUAUACCCACUAAUAUGAAUGUAUGCAUAAUUAAUGUCUUCGGUGGAUGCGGGACACCAUCGUCCUUGGCUCAAAGCUUGAGAGAAUUUCUGAAUUAAAUCAUAUUUUGCU